AUGCUCGAUGCUGCCAAAGAGAUAUCAAAAACACUUGGCGAGGAUUCAAUCAGCUUUGACGAGGAUGUGAUUGAACAUCAUGGGCGUUCAGACUGGUCUACAGCAAACACAGCGGAAAGGCCGGUCGCGGUGGUAUAUCCCAAAACCACAGACGAAGUCUCUGCCAUUGCGAAGAUCUGUGACAAGUAUGCGGUCCCCAUGGUGCCCUUUGGUGCCGGCUCUAGUGUCGAGGGAAACUUUUCAUCCCCAUAUUCCGGUAUAUGCAUCGAUUUCGUGCACAUGGAUAAGAUUGUGGCUUUUCAUCCGGAGGAUAUGGAUGUUGUUGUCCAGCCUGGAGUCAAUUGGAUGGACCUCAAUAAAGAGAUUGCACAUGCUGGCUUAUUUGUACCUCUUGACCCCUCACCUACAGCGAUGGUUGGCGGUAUGGUCUCCACGAACUGUAGCGGCACCAACGCCAUGAGAUAUGGAACCAUGAAAGACUGGGUUGUGAACUUGACAGUGGUCCUUGCCGAUGGUUCUGUUAUCAAGACUCGAAGACGCCCGAGGAAGACCUCGGCGGGUUACAACUUGACCACAUUCUUCGUGGGCGCUGAAGGAACCUUGGGAAUAAUCACAGAGGUCACUCUCAAACUUGCACCAAUACCUCAAGAUACCAGUGUGGCUGUAGUGUCGUUCCCCAGCAUUCGUGAUGCUGCUUCGGCGGCAUCGAGUAUCAUGCGUAGUGGCAUACAACUAGCAGCGGUUGAACUGAUGGAUGAUCUUCAAAUGCAAGUCCUCAACAAGCAUGGAAGCGCGGCAGUGCGAAAAAGAAAAUGGGAUGAGGACCCGACAUUAUUCUUAAAAUUCUCGGGCACGACGGACGCGAUCAAGAGCGACAUAAAGCGAGUCUCACAAAUCAUCAAGUCUCACAAUGCUGGGGAGUUUCACUUCGCCAAGACCAAGCAAGACGAGCUGGACCUAUGGGCUGGCAGGAAAGAAUCACUAUUCACAAUGGUCGCCACGAAGCCUGAAAACACCAUUCUAUGGACAACUGACGUUGCCGUCCCGCUAUCAAGGAUGGCAGAGCUCAUAGAUCUGUCCAAGGCAGAUGGUGCCAAGCUCGGUAUCUUCGCGAGUGUAGUCGGCCACGUCGGCGACGGGAACUUCCAUCUGGCAAUGUUCUACAACCCAGAUGAUGCAAAGCAAAAAGCCGCUGUUGCGAAAGUUGUACACGACAUGACUAAUAGAGCCUUGGAAAUGGAGGGAACUGUCUCUGGAGAGCAUGCGAUUGGUAUUGGCAAGAAGGACUGUCUAGUCGAUGAGCUUGGACACGAUGCGAUUGAUUUCAUGAGGACUUUGAAGAAGGCUGCUGAUCCGAAGUGGUUGUUGAACCCUGGAAAGAUCUUUAAUGUUCCCGGUAAAGACUAG